CUGGCUGUUCCCUGCGUGACAGCUUUUGCCGUGGGCAGGGACGCAGCUCCCCGGGUCCUCCAGCUCCCCCUGGUCCUCACACUCGAGGACCUCCUCCGCCACCGGCGCCGCCCGCAGGGUCAGCUNGCAGAUGCUCACGCUGUCAAGCUCCAAGGAGGUACUGUCAAGGGUUUCGCAGACGCCAGCGGAAACUCGGUUUUCUUGGGCAUUCCUUUUGCCGAAACGACCGGUGGACAGAACAGUAUUUUNAGAUGGAAGGCACCUAUCCCCAAGAAGAAGCUUAUGCCCGGACAGGUAGUCAACGCUACUGCCUAUGGCCCAACUUGCCCUCAGGCAAUCAGCAACACUCCCUACAGCCGUCAAGAUGAGGACUGCUUGAACCUCAAUGUCUGGGCCCCCGCCGAUUCCAAUGGCAAAAGCCUUCCCGUAAGUCCUUGCCCUCUCAUUCCUAGAUCUUGGCUAACCUCGAACAGNGUCUUUGUGUACAUGUACGGAGGUGCUAUGGUCACUGGCUCCAGCAGCAAUGUUCAGUUCCAGGGUAACAACUUUGCCCGCAAGGACGUCAUCUUCGUCAGCUUCAACACCAGAGAGAGCAUUUUCGCUUACCCCAACUCGGCUGAAUUGGGCAAGGACGGUUCGCAAAACUUCGGUAUCCUUGAUGUCCAGCAAGCUCUGCAAUGGGUCCACGACAACAUUGCUGCCUUUGGUGGUAACCCCAACCAUGUCGUGUUUGGUGGUCACUCUUCCGGCUCCGUUCAGGUUGACCACUACCUCUGGAACAAUCCCCAGUCAUGGCUCGUCGGUGCUGUCGAAAUGAGUGCCAACGCUGAGUCUGGUCCUGCUGUCACUCCCCUCAACCAGGGUCUUGAUAUCGUCGCUGCUGAGGUUGGUUGCGGUAAAGGUGCUGGUCAAAUUGACUGCCUUCGCACCAAGAGCAUCUACGACAUUGAGACCGCCAACUUUAACAGCACUUACAACACCUGGUUCUCGCCCAUCAUUGACGAGAAGACUCGUUUCUCUGACUACGCUGGCCGCUUCGCUGCUGGCAAGUACGCCUCUCACGUUCCUCUCUUGACCGGUAACUCCGACGGCGAGGGCGUCAUCUUCGGUCUGGUGUACGGCGGCGAGAACACCGACUUCAGCUCUUGGAUCAACACUUUCGACGCUGAUGUUGCACACAUCCCUGACCAGAAGCUCAUCGAUGCUUACAAUGUUUCCGAGUACGCCUCUGUCUCAGCCAUGAGUGGUGCUCAGUACGGUGAUGCUCGCUUCUUCUGCCCUGUCGACUACCUCCUUGACCUUCGUAGCACAAAGCAGAACACCUGGGCCUACCGCUUCUUCGGUGAAUACUGUAAUGUUGUUGGCUGUAUCGUUGGUGCCCCCACUCACGGCACUGAGAUUCCUUGUAAGUUUAUACUCAAUAAGCUUACUUUACUGCAUUUCUUUAACAUAUCAAACNNAGUCUUCCUGGGCGGGAAAGAAUGCUUCAGUGCCCUCACCAACGUCACUGCUGCCCAACAAGCCCUCGCCGACUCCAUGAACGACUGGUUCGUCAAGUGGAUCAAGAACCCCGCCGCCGGACCCGGCUGGGAGAAGGUCAAGCCCAAGUGCGGCACAGUCGCUAAGCUCGGUGUUCCUGGCGACGAGCUCACCAUCGAGAUCGGCAGCACUGCUGACUACAAUGGCCGCUGCCAGUCUGUCUACGACCCUCUCCAGUCCAAGUACCCUGUUCUUAACAGCGUCAAGGCUCUGUAA